AGGCGGACUAACAAGCUGGCUCGAUAUUGGAACCCAAUAGCCAAGCCCUAGCAGAUAUAUACCGAAUCCUCAACGCCGCGAAGAUGAUAUCGACGCCAUUCUACGGAGCAUAUCCAGUGCAUAGUACCGCCACGGUUUAAGCUUUCAUUUCAACAAAAAUGGCGGACGCUGACAACGAUGUUGCGACGGGACUGCCAAAGAAAAGAACGUUCAAGAAGUUCAGUUACAGAGGCGUUGAUCUCGAUUCUCUCCUCGACAUGCCCACUGAUGUUCUCGUCAAUCUCUUCCCGGCCCGUCAACGUCGAAGGGAGCAUAUCCAGUGCAUAGUACCGCCACGGUUUAAGCUUUCAUUUCAACAAAAAUGGCGGACGCUGACAACGAUGUUGCGACGGGACUGCCAAAGAAAAGAACGUUCAAGAAGUUCAGUUACAGAGGCGUUGAUCUCGAUUCUCUCCUCGACAUGCCCACUGAUGUUCUCGUCAAUCUCUUCCCGGCCCGUCAACGUCGAAGGUUUAAGAGAGGCUUGACGAGGAAGCCACUCGCUUUGAUUAAGAAGCUCCGGAAGGCGAAACUUGAGGCUCCAACUGGUGAGAAGCCAGAGCCAGUCAAGACCCACUUAAGGAACAUGAUAAUUGUUCCUGAGAUGAUUGGGAGUGUGAUUGGUGUUUACAAUGGAAAAACAUUCAACCAGAUUGAGGUGAAGCCGGAGAUGAUUGGGCACUACUUGGCCGAGUUUUCUAUCUCAUACAAGCCUGUGAAGCAUGGUAGACCUGGUAUUGGUGCUACUCACUCCUCAAGGUUUAUCCCUCUCAAGUAAUGGAUGGGUCUUCUCUUAAGAGUAUCUUAUUGUAACCCUAAUCGAAUAUUAAGUAUGCACUAAAUUUUCUCCUCUAAACAUGUUGCUGAUCGUUCUGUUUUGUUGAAUUAUGUGAAAUUGACUUCUGUUCUAUUUUUUUGCACAUGAAAUGGUUUUACUAAAGUUAGCUUUUUAAAUAUCAUAAUAUU